CCACAGUGGAUGAAAGUCCUACAGAGGGGAAGAGUCAAUUUCUUUGAGAAGGCUUCAAUCAAAAUCCGUCUCCAUCGUUAUUGAUUUUGUGAAAGAUGAUAUCAAAAACAGCAAGAACAUAAUCUACACGUUCUAAGCUUUCGGGCAAUACCAAUAUCGUGGUGUUCCGAAGAAAAGAUAGUUAGAAAAGGGAUGGUGAAAGUUGGAUUGUUACAGAAGGAACUUAAUCUUCUGGGAUUCAUGGGGAGGGGGGCGUCUGAAUAAAGGAGUUUGUAUUCCAGCAAAGUAAGGUGAUAUUUGGGGUGGUUUGGUAACCAAAAAGAGCAACAACACCAAGGUUGAUUUUUCAAAACAACAAAUUCUGAAGGUUGCUUCGUAAGAAUAACAUUGAACCAUGGAUUUGAGAGUGGGAAACCGAUACAGGCUGGGCAGGAAAAUUGGAAGUGGAUCUUUUGGAGACAUCUAUUUGGGCACAGACAUCUCAGUGGGAGAGGAGGUGGCCAUUAAACUGGAAUGUGUGAAGACCAAACACCCCCAGCUCCACAUAGAGAGUAAGAUCUACAAGAUGAUGCAGGGAGGAGUGGGCAUCCCAUCCAUAAAGUGGUGUGGUGCAGAGGGAGACUACAACGUGAUGGUGAUGGAGCUGCUAGGCCCCAGUCUGGAGGACCUGUUCAACUUCUGCUCCCGCAAGUUCAGCCUCAAGACUGUCCUGCUGCUGGCUGACCAGAUGAUCAGCCGGAUUGAGUACAUCCACUCUAAGAACUUCAUCCACAGAGAUGUGAAGCCUGACAACUUCCUGAUGGGCCUGGGCAAGAAGGGUAACCUGGUGUACAUCAUCGACUUUGGCCUGGCCAAGAAGUACCGUGACGCCCGCACACACCAGCACAUCCCCUACCGCGAGAACAAGAACCUGACCGGCACCGCGCGCUACGCAUCUAUCAACACACACUUGGGGAUAGAGCAGUCUCGUCGUGAUGACCUGGAGUCUCUGGGUUAUGUCCUGAUGUACUUCAACAUGGGCUCUCUGCCCUGGCAGGGCCUCAAGGCCGCCACCAAGAGGCAGAAGUACGAACGCAUCAGCGAAAAGAAGAUGUCCACCCCUAUCGAGGUGCUCUGCAAGGGAUACCCCUCGGAGUUCUCCACCUACCUGAACUUCUGUCGCUCUCUGCGGUUCGAUGACAAGCCAGACUACUCGUACCUGAGACAGCUGUUCAGAAACCUGUUCCACAGACAGGGCUUCUCCUACGACUACGUCUUUGACUGGAACAUGCUCAAGUUUACUGCCCCUAAUUCCAAGGGGGCCAACCGUGCAGCGGAGGAGGCGGAGCGGGAGCGGAGGGACCGAGAGGAUAGGCUGAGACACGGCAGGAACCCCGGGGCCAGGGGACUCCCUGCCGCCUCAGGACGACCCCGAGGAACACAGGACGCAGCGCCGCCUACACCCCUCACACCCACCUCACACACAGCCAACACGUCUCCACGACCGGUGUCCGGUAUGGAGCGGGAGAGGAAAGUGAGCAUGCGGCUUCACCGGGGAGCUCCCGUUAACAUCUCCUCGUCCGACCUGACGGGACACCAGGACACCUCCCGCAUGUCAACCUCACAGGUGGUACCUGGUAUGAUCCCUGGUGGCCUCCACUCUGCAGCGCCUCGAUGAGACAAGACCCACAAUGCACCUGGCACAGCAGAGGACUGCACCAAGCCUGGCUCAACCAAUCAGCAGCCUGCCCGCUAACUACUACACAAACCAUCGGAAGACCACCUCUUUCCUCUCCUGACCUGGUGUUCUCUGGUGGAUCCUCUCUCUUUCACACUAGAUGUCUUGUUCCUUGCCCGCUCUGUCUCUCCCCCUUCUACGUACUUGCUUUCUUGCUAUCUUUCUACUCUCUCUCAAACACUUACAAUCGUUGUGAUAAAGAAACUCUGAAAUACAGACCACAUCUGCGACCUCUUUUCUGGGAGACAUUUUCAACGUCUGUGCGGAGACCUUGAGCUGCCAUGGCGAUCUAACAGACUUCAUUAAGACUGAAACAAAUGGAACGACAACAACCGCCACCAUUAUCGCCAUGGUUACUACUCAUCAUCUAUGGCACUUUGUCAAUAGACACUCAUUUCUACUCCCACAGUACAUUACUACAUAACCCUUAUCAAUAAAUCUGAUAUGAAAAGAGCUAAUCAAUGAUUGCGGCUCUAUUUGAAAUGGGUCGUUUUGGGUGACUGCUUUUCAUUUGUACUUAUUUACAGACCUCUUUUCUCUGACCACCAGCAGGCUUUUGUUGAGUUUUCUAUUGUGUUCACAGCCCUGAUCUGUAACUAAAGCCAUUUGUAAUAUAUACUAUUUGCAUGUUUUAACACUGGACAUCCCUUUGACCAGACCAAGCUGCAUCGUAUGGAGUCAGGUGGAGGGUUUCAACUCUAAACCACAGCUAAAGUGUUUCUUUAUGGGGUUUUAUGAUCAACAUCCCUCAAGUUGUAUGUGUAUAGGAGGGCCCCUGUCAAGGUUUCCUCUUCUCUCCAACCGAGUCAGACUGCCUCACGGUCUACUGUAAAGAUCUACAUUCUCAUUCUGUUAUUUGUAUUGUUUCUAAGCUGUGAAAUUAUAUUUUAAUGAAGAUGUGGAAAUGUUUAAGCUUUUUCCCUUUUUGGUUUCCUUAUUAUUGUGGUGAAUUUGGGUUUCAUACACUGGGUCUCACUUGGGAUGGCUCUACAGUGAGACAUUGUCCUAUAAUCGAUCUGGUUCAGUCCAGUUUUGGGCAUAAUCAUUGUCCGUGCCAAGGCUUUCGCCGUGUCUGUCCAUCGUUUUAGUUGAAGUUCCUCAAAUACACCAAAAAUGAGCACUCGCACAGAGAGACUUAAGUGUGUUAAAUGGCUGCCAUUUUAAACUAUUAUUUGUUUUGAGUGUGAACGGAAGUUAAAUGUCUUACUGGCUCCAUGUGAGGUGUUAUUAUUUGUACAUGUUUUGAGAAGUAAAAUGGUCUGAUGUGGUUACAAGCAGAGGCACUUGACUAAACAUCUGUGAUAACUUCAUCUAUCCCAUGAUAAAUGAACCGAUGGACACUUUUCUCUUGGAUGGGCUAUGGUCUUGGACGUUCCCCUGCUCAGACGUUGCGUGCAUCGACCAGCGAUUGCGUGCCACAUCAUCGAAUGUGCCGUCAGGCACCAGAUUGCUAUAACAUGUGGUUAGCUGAUACGGAAAAUACCUGUUCUUCAUGCAUUGGCAACGCGGCGGCAACGCCUGGGCAGAGUAACACGCCCAGUCUUUACUGGUCCUCGGCAAAGAGUAUGGCGCAAGAGUUUGGGAUAUUCAAUUCAACCACUGAAAUGGUCCUCAAUCAGCAAGAUGAGACUUAAGGGCGGGCACAGCUGAACCAUUGCCAUGGUUCAGCCCUAUAGGACUGUUUUAAUGCUGACCUCAUUAUUGACUAGUCAUUUCUGGUGUGACCCAUGGCCAGUUUGGUCAAUCACUGACUCACCCUCCUAUGUGUAAUUAACUAAGCUACCAGCUCUAAGAAUAUUCCUUUAUCUCCAUUUGUAUUUGUGUACUUUAAAAACUGUAAAUAAAUGAAGUACUUUGUGUA